GACCCCGACACAUGGGGUCAACACGGGCUGAAUGGGUUCAUACUGACGGCUGCCUCGGACGCGGACGCACGCAGACGCCGAUGAGAGCGCGCACUUAAUUAGGAAAACCUGGUCGAGCAAUUAAGCACGAGGAGAGAAGACGCGCGUAUUGGAGCGCAGAAGAGCUGAUUUAGCUCCCCAGUCACCUUGGCACCAUGAGUUGGAGCUUCCUAACUCGUCUGCUGGAUGAGAUCUCCAACCACUCCACCUUUGUGGGGAAGAUCUGGUUGACGGUGCUCAUCGUCUUCCGCAUCGUGCUGACGGGCGUCGGGGGUGAAACCAUCUACUAUGAUGAGCAGAGUAAAUUUGUCUGCAACACGCAGCAGCCUGGGUGUGAGAAUGUGUGCUACGACGCGUUUGCACCACUCUCUCACGUCCGAUUCUGGAUCUUCCAGGUUAUCCUGAUCACUACCCCGACUAUCAUGUACCUGGGCUUUGCCAUGCACAAGAUCACCCGCAUGGACGACAGCGAGUACCGGCCCGUCCGGAACCGGAAGAAGAAGAUGCCCAUCGUCAGCCGUGGGGCAGUUCGGGACUAUGAGGAGGCGGAGGACAAUGGAGAGGAAGACCCGAUGAUUGCUGAAGAAAUUGAGCCAGAGAAGCCCGACAAAGAAGAAAAAAGCUCUGAGAAGAAGCAUGAUGGUCGUCGGCGGAUUCUGCGUGACGGCCUGAUGAAAGUCUACGUGUGCCAGCUGCUGUGGCGCUCCGCCUUUGAGGUCGCCUUCCUUUUCGGCCAAUACGUCCUCUACGGCUUCGAGGUGAUACCCUCCUACGUCUGCACCCGCUCACCAUGCCCGCACACAGUCGACUGCUUUGUGUCCCGACCCACGGAGAAGACCAUCUUCCUGCUGGUGAUGUACGUGGUGUCUUUCCUCUGCCUGAUCCUCACUGUCCUGGAAAUCGUCCAUUUGGGGAUCGGCGGCAUCCGUGACACCUUCCGCAGACGGGCUACACUCAACUCCCGAGCCCCGCCGCCACCGACCUCCUCACGUUCCAUGCCAACAGCCCCACCAGGAUACCAUGCCACCAUGAAGAAGGAGAAACUAAAAGGAGAGCUGAGGGAUUCUCCAAUAGCCGACUCCGGGAGGGAGAGUUUUGGGGACGAGGGGCCCUCGUCCAGGGAGCUGGAGCGGUUGAGGAGGCACCUGAAGCUGGCCCAGCAGCACCUUGACCUGGCCUACCAGGCAGACGAGGGAAUCCCCUCACGCAGCAGCAGCCCGGAGGUCAACACGGCUGCACAGACAGCUGCCGAGCAGAACCGCCUCAACUUUGCCCAGGAAAAGCAGGGAGAGGCAAGCGAGAAAGGAAUACGUGCCUGAGCGUGCUUCCUGCCACAAACGUCUGUCCUUCCAUUCCUACUGGCCUUAAACACAUGGGGGAAGCACAUAUGGGAAUGCAGUCAGACCACUGAGGGAGACCAAAGCGUGUAUGUGUGUGUGUUUGUAUGCAUGUGUGGAUGAGAGAAAAUGAGCCUUUCAGUAUUAGGGGUCAGUCGAAAAGAGAGAGAAAAAAAAAAAAAUGCUGACCAAGCUGUGUUGUGACAAAUGGUUCAUCUCCACGACUCUAAACUUGAAUGCCUGCCACAUAUCGAGUUUCUGCUUGCCGACCUACAUCCAAACCUUGACUGUGCCUUCAGCUAAAACCUUGUCUACACCCUGUUCUUUCACCCACUCUGUUUUUGUGGUCAUGCAAUAAUCCUCAUCCAUUUCAGACCUUGUAAGGAUCGCCGUAAGCUUCAAACUCCUGGCUGAGUGUAGUGUUUUUUUGUUGUUUUUUUUUUUUUUGUUUUUUUUUUGUCGUCUUGACAAAAGCAAGGCUCUCUUUUUAUCAAAUGUCGCCAAAUGUUAAUGCCUCACUUCGUUGAGGCUUGUUGGCCUCAGAGAGAAGCUCAAACAACACAGCCUUGGGUUAUGUCAUUUCUGGAGCGUGUGCAGCAGGCUUAACCUGUGCUAGAUGAAUCGUGUUUACUUUAAACAGAUCUGAUGUUAGGGAUUAUUGUUUAUUAGAAAGAGCCCACACCAUUUCAGGAAAUAACAGCCUGUAUAUUUACUCCAAACAUCCAAAAUGUUUUACCUGGGAAAUGCUUGAAUUCUUUAUCGACCAAUGUUCCAAGGACAUUCCAAGAGUAAUUUUAUGUACAAUCAGUUCAUUUAAAAUACUCAAUUUAUUUUACCAGUACUUUUUUUUUUUCACCAAAGCUCUAGAUUAGUUACAUUUUUGUCUAGAAGGAAGUGUUGGCAUCACAAAUGCCACCUGUUUCACAUGACUGUUGAGAAGUAGGCACUUGAUGUUGGUAAUCCUUUUUCUUCCCUAAAUUAUGUAAUAUAAAAAUGAUUCAUAAUGUACAUCAUUGCAGAAAGUUUAAAAUGUCGGGGAUUUUUUUUUUUUUUUUUUUUGCUAACCAGCUGGAAACAUCUUUCUUCCAGGCUACUGUCAACAAUGAAACUCCAUCCUUGUCUUUUGAAAUUUACAUUCUUCUUUGGUUAGACAUACUUUCCAUCCUUGACAUGCACCACUACUCCUUCUUUGUGCUGAAACAUGGAUGCUUUUGUGCAUCAUGGAAAAAAAAAAAAAAAAAAAA